UAUUUUGACAGUCGCUUCUGCUGUUUUUUAAACAAAAAAAAAAAAAGAAACUCAUAAAUUUUGCGAUUGUCCAUAUAUAUACAUUUCUACCAAUUAAAUUAUUUAUAUGUUCAAUGAUGGAUAUAAAGCUGGAAGUAGAUACACUGUCAAUGUGUCGCAUCUGUCUUCAAAGCAGUGAAGAAGGCGAAGAAAUGGCAUCUAUUUUCGACCAAGAUACAGACUCAGUUUGUCUAUACGAGAAAAUUGAAUGCUGCGGAGGCAUAAAGAUUCUCACGGAACCAGAGCUCCCGACGCGUAUCUGCAAAAAGUGCAAUGCUUUCCUAACUAUAGCUCACAAAUUUCGUAUUAUAUGCAAAAAUUCAGACGAUUAUCUACGCGAAUUUGUAUGCAAAUCUUCUGAGAUUUACGAAGAUGAAGACAACAACUCCGAGUACUUAAUGGAAUACAGCCCCAAAGGAAGUGUUGUACAAGUGGUAGACCAAACAGUUCACAAUAUAGAGGAGGCGCAAAAUGAAAUCGACUAUGAAGAAGUGGCGGUGUACUCAGAAAUGUGGAUGCAGGACGGAGAAAAUGAAGAUGAUUUGAUCGUCGAAGAUCAUGGCGAUAGCCCCCAACAUUGUCCAAAUAUUCAGCAACAGAAACCAAACCCCAGCCCCUCAAAGAAAACGCUAGGUAUCACGUCAGACGGCGCGGCGGUUAUACGUGUACGAAAUGAAAAACAACUAAAUAAAGAGAAACAAAUCCAUAUCUGUGACAUAUGCGGAAAUGUGUAUCCCCGGAAAUAUGCGCUGGAAGCACAUAUGAGACGUCACCGCAACGAGCGGCCUUACGAAUGCGAAAUCUGUUCACAAUCGUUUCAUCUUAAUUUCCAACUUACACGACAUAUACGAAAACACACUGGAGUACGACCAUAUGCGUGUCAGUACUGCAAACGCACAUUUGCUGAUCGCUCCACAAUGCUGAAGCAUGAGAGAAUACACCGAAAUGAGCGACCGUACACCUGCGAUGUCUGUGGCAAAAGUUUCACUUAUUCCAGUGUUUUAAAAGUGCACACGCUGACGCACACGGGAGAAAAACCUUUCAUUUGUGGCAUUUGUGGGAAACGCUUCUCACGUGCUCAUCACCUUCGAGCGCACCUGGAGACACUGUUGCAUCAAAAUGAUCCCCGCUCCAAAGUACUGCUGAAGCAAAUUAAACGUGAAGAGGAUUUGGGCGAUGCGUGAGAACGGCAUAAUGCAGACAACACGGGAAUUGUGUGACUCCAAUACAUUUAACAGCAUUUUAGGCCUUCGAUUCGCUAUUAAGUAUAUAUUCUUUUCGGUAAAAUACACGUUCAUAAAACUAAAACUAAAAACGAAGUAUUUUAUAAUUUCCAUGCCACGAAAAAUAGUUUCAAGCUGUUGCAAUGAAUGUUUCUAAGAGUGCACUAAAGAAGCAUUUCUCUCAUAUUCUCUUUGUAAAAGUAAAUAAAAAUAUAUAUGAUCAAAUUCA